AUGCUGAAAUUUUGCUGGAAUUGGAGGAAUCGCGGAUUACGGUAAGGGAUUUGGGGUGAAAUUUUUUGGAAAAUAGCGAAAAUUUCAUGAUUUUUGGCCAAAAAUUCAUAAUUUUUGAAGAAAAAAUCAAAUUUUUACUGUGAAAUUCAAUUUUCAUUGUAAAAAUUGAAAAUUCUUGAAUUUUUCCAUUUUCAACUUUAAAAAAUAGUCAUUUUCACUCAAAAUUAGGGUGAAUUUGGUUGAAAAUGACUAAUUUUAAGGUCAAGAAUUCGAAUAUUUCCUAAUUUUGCUUUGAAAAAUUGAAUUUCACACCAAAUUUCAGAGAUUUUGAGCCGAAAUUGGAGAAAACCAGUUCAAAAAAUUCAAUUCAACAUUUUUGCGCCGAAAUUGCACCCCGGGAAAUUCUAGAAUUCAAAUUUUCACUCACUUUCCAUCAAAAAAGCGUUUUCCCCCUAGAAAUCACUUUAAAAAUGAAUAUUCCGCUAAUUUUCACGCGCCAAAUUCAAAAUUAAAAUGAAAAAAACAUCAUUUCUCAAAAAUUUUCUUCUAGCGACACAAUUUUCCUGAUCCUCUUCGGAAUUUCGCUGGGAUAUCUAUUUGGCUUGAUCAUUUUGACCGAUUAUGAGAUUGAGGCAAUCGAGCAUAUUCAUAUAACACAUCAUGGUGGGUUUUUAACGAUAAAAACCCCGAUUUUAGGCCGAAAAAUGAAAAUACAUUUUAAAGGCACAUCGAUUUUCCGAGCAGAUAUCUUGAAGCGAUUGGGGUUUCGUGUAGUUCUCUCGGACUUCUUUUUGUUUUUUUUUAAAUUUUUGCACCGCCCGAAAGGUUUUCCAAGGGUUUUCCAAGCCGAAAAUUGAAUUUUGGUGUUUUCAGAUGAUACGAGCAAUUUUGGCGACACUUUCAAUCUACGCUGUGUAAUUAUAAUCCACCCAAAAGCCGCGAAAUUCGAAAAAAUCGUCGAAACCUUGGACGAUGGUUAUACAAAGCUUUGCAAUGAGACAAUCUACUUCACCAACAACGAAAAAUUCGCGAAAAAGUGGAAAUCCAAAAGUGCACUUCAACUAGUGCCAAUCUCGACGAGCUCCAAUCAUUUCUAUUGGGAUUUCUAUCAACAUGUGAUGGAAUUCUCGUCAAAACUUCCAGCGCAAUGGACGUUUAUCGGAGAUGAUCAGAAUUAUUUGAUUGUUCCGCAUCUUCGCAAGGUUUUGGCCAAGUUUGAUGCGUCGAGGUCAAUGAUUUUUGGGAGAGUUAAGGAUGCGGGAAGUUGGAUUUUUCCGUUUUCCGGAGCGACGCGCAAGAUUGCCAUUCGAGGAGGAGUGGUUUUUACAAAUAACGCGAUCGAUAGUUUAAGCCUUUGCCGGGGAUUCUUCUUCCCCAGAUCUUCUGAACACUCCCUUUAUUCUUGCUCACAAUCCCAUCACGUUGAAAUCAUCGACCCUGUGGACGAAGAUAAAAAUCGAUUAUUCAACGAUCAAAUCCCAAUGAACAUCAUAAAUCCUCCCUCAAAUCCUUGGAUUUUUGGUUUUGGAAGAAAAUCGGAUUCGCAUAGUGGAAAAAUAUCGGAUCAUGCGAUUAGUUUUGGGCAAUGUUCCUUUAAAGAUAUGCGAGUGAUGCAAUUUGGAAUGACGGUGAAAGUUUUUGGUAUGGCUGGAUUGAAUAAGACUUUGUGA